AUGCCUGAUUCUUUGAAAUUAAAGUAUCUUAUCGCAGGUGUUAAAGAUUCAUUAAAAUUACAUAUAGCAUUACAUGAUCCACAAACUACUGAAUCUUUUCUUACAUUUGCAAGGAAAUUAGAAGCUACAUUAUCAUUUACUAAUAGUAUACAUGAACAUAAUCAAACAAAUGACCCUCAUGAUACUGCUGCAUUACGAUACGCUUCAUCUUUUUCUGAUAAUGGUUUUCAACCACAUACAAGAAAAUCCAAAGACAAUAUUCAACAUUCACUUGCUCCUACUUACCAACCACCUCGAAACAAUAAUUCAUAUAAUACCAAAGCUACUCAUACUACUCAGUCUCAUUAUAAGUCAUCAAAGUCCAAGGCAGUUAUUUGUUAUAAUUGUGUUAAUGAUCAAACUAUGAACUUAAUGAUUGAUACUGGUGCGAAUAGAACAUUUAUUUCAAUUAAUGCUCUGUCUUUUAAAAAUAAUAAACAAUUUAUUACUACACAUCAACGACGUGUUUAUUUAGCUGACGGUCAAACAUCUAUAACUGUUUAUGGUGAAGUUCAAUUACAUAUAAUGUUAGGUGAUAUGAAAGCUACUAUAUUAGCACUUAUUGUUAAACAAUUAUGUACUGAUUGUAUAUUGGGAAUGGAUUUCAUUUACAAGUAUAAAUUGAUUAUUAAUACAGAAGAUCGAACAGUAUCCAUAUGUGAAAAUGAUAAACGUAUAUCAUUAAAAAUUGAUUCUAAUUCAUAUCGCACUCGUUUUCCUACUCGUUUGAUUAAUAAUAUUAAAAUUUCACCAAGAAGUACGGUUUCUAUUCCUGUAUCAAUAAAUUUGCCAUCAACUAAAGUAUUAUUUCAACCAUCUGUCAAGUUACAACAACGAAUACCUUUAGUCAUAUUAAAUUCCUUAUUAACAGUGCGAAAUCAUACUUCAUUUAUUUCACUUUAUAAUCCAACACGUUCUUAUUAUUCAUUACCUAAAGGAAUUAUAUUAGGAACAACAACAGUACCAACCUUAUCUUUAAAAUUCAACACAUUAAUAAUUCUAAAUAUUAAGAACAAUAAACCAACUAUUGCUUUAACUUUAAAACCACAUGAAAUAAAAACACUUGAUCAUCCACAUCCAACAUCAAAACCGUAUUAUUCAACACCACUUAAACAAGAAGCAAUGUACAAGAUUAUACAAGAAUUAUUGCAUUUUGGAUUAAUUCGUCCAAGUUAUUCUCCGUAUGCUGCUCCAGCAUUAUUAGUUCCUAAACAUGAUGGUUCAUGGCGUAUGGUUGUUGAUUAUAAAAAGUUAAACAAUAUUACAAUUAAAGAUAAUCAUCCGCUACCCAAUAUGGAACAAGCAACACAAAUCCUUGGAGGUAGUUAUAAAUUUUUUUCUAAACUUGAUAUGAAAAGUGGAUUUUGGCAAAUUCCAAUUAAAGAAGAGGACAAACAUAAAACAGCUUUUAUUACUCCUGAUGGCUUAUACGAAUGGAAUGUUUUAGCACAAGGUUUAAAAAACAGUCCACCGUCAUUUCAACGCGUUAUGACUGAUCUUUUAUCACCAUGUCAUCAAUUUUCAUUAGUUUAUAUUGAUGAUAUUGUUGUUUAUUCUCGUUCAUUUGAUGAACAUGUUGCUCAUAUGACACAAAUAUUAUCAAUAUUAUUGAAACAUAAUUUUCAAUUGAACCCAUCUAAAUGCAGUAUUUUUCAACAUCAAAUCGAUUAUUUAUCACAUACAAUAUCGGAACAUAGUGUUAAAUCUACUGAUGAAAAAAUUCAAGCUAUUAUUAAAUUACGUGAACCAACAACAUUAGCUGAAGCAAAUAAAUUUUUAGGUGCUCUCUCUUGGUAUCAUCCUCAAAAACAAGCAUUUUUACAAUUAAAACAAUUAUUAACCACUUCUCCAUUAUUUCUUAAUUUUCCACAUGAUGAUUAUCCUGUUAUAUUAACAACUGAUGCUUCAAAAGUUAGUAUUAGUGGUACAUUACAACAAAUAAUUAAUGGUGAAACAAAAAAUUUAUAUUAUCAUUCUCAAGUUACAUCAUCUGCUCAACGACGUUAUGAUCCGAUUGAAUUAGAAGCUUUAGCUAUAUGGUUAUGUUUUCAACGUAUGAGAUCUUAUUUACUUGGUCGUUCAAUAAUUAUUUAUACAGAUCAUUGUCCUUCAUGUUUCAUGAUGAAUGCAUCAGUCAAAAAUAGACGAGUUGAUCGUAUUUCUAUAUUACUACAAGAAUAUAAUAUUGAAAAAAUUAUUCAUAUUAAAGGUCAACAUAAUUGCCUAGCUGAUUAUUUAUCUCGUCAUCCGAUUCAACAUAAUGAAGAAAUAUUUGAUGAAGAAUAUGGUAUUGGUUUGUUAUUUAAUGAGGAACUACCGAGCACGGUAUCUGUUCCCGAUAUGAACUUUCCAUCUAUUAAUACUGUUAUCACACGUUCCAAACACAAACAAAAUUUACAACAAGCAGUCAUCUCAAAUCACACUAUACCAGUUAGUCAAUCAAGAAAAAAUUCUUCUACUAGUCAGUCAACAACAAUUGAACCAACUCCAUCUUAUACAUGUACUUAUUUUACUAUUGAAUGUGUUAAGGAAGAACAAGCUAAAGAUCAAAAACUACAACAGAUAAUUCAAGAACUCAAAGAUAAGAAGAUAAUUAAUUCUUACAUUUUUCAAGACGGGUUAUUAUACAAAUUAUUACCUAUGUCUCCAAAUAGUAAAAAGAAAAUUAAGACAUAUCAUACUGAUCCAUUAUCUGGUCAUUUUGGUGUUAAACGAACUUAUUUAAAAUUAAAGAAUAAAUUCUGGUGGCCUAAUUAUUUUACAAGAUGGAUCACAGCUAUAGCUUUACCGAAUUGUUCAGCUCAAAUUACUGCACAAACUAUUUUUAAUGAUUAUAUUUGUCGAUAUGGAGUCCCUAAAUCUAUUUUAUCUGAUCAAGGUACUCAUUUUAAUAAUCAAUUAAUGGAUGCUAUGGCUAAAUUAGUUGGAUAUACUCACAUAUUUUCUACUGUUUACCAUCCACAAAGUAAUGGAAUGGUUGAACGAUUUAAUGCUACAUUUGUGCCUCAAUUAGCUAAACUUCAUGAUCGUGAGAGUAAUAAUUGGGAUGAAUAUUUAUCACCAGUUGUUUUUGCAUAUAAUACUAGUGCACAUUCA